UCCCUACGGAACAUUUUCAUUGAUGCACGCACAGUUCGUUUGUGUUGAGAUGGAAACAGGCGGACAAUGUACGACAUUUCAUCUGGUUUGAGGAUUAAUUCGUGGCUAAUGUAGCGAGCAGAAAGACUGUGGAUGUAUCCUUCAGAGGACGUUUAUUGUCAGACCAGCCGGGCAACAAUGAGCGACUGGAGUCCGAUCGCGAAGGUGUACGACCCGCUGAAAGCCGGGAGCAUCGACGGCACAGAUGUGGAGCCCCACGACCGGGCCGUGUGGAGGGCCAUGCUGGCCCGCUACAAGCCCAACAAAGGGGUCGUGGGCGACCCGCUCCUCACCCUGUUCGUGGCCCGCUUGAACCCCCAGACAGCCGAGGACAAGCUACACGAAGUUUUCUCCAAGUACGGAGACAUCCAGCGGCUGCGGCUGGUGCGGGACAUCGUCUCAGGCUUCUCUAAGGGGUACGCCUUCAUUGAAUACAAAGAGGAGCGGUCUGUGGUCCGGGCGCGCAGAGACGCUAAUAAGCUGGUGGUGGACCAGCACGAGCUGUUCGUAGAUUUUGAACAGGAGAGGACCCUCAAAGGAUGGGUCCCACGGCGGCUGGGAGGAGGCCAAGGAGGGAAGAAGGAGUCCGGACAGCUGCGGUUUGGUGGGAGAGACAGACCGUUCCGCAAGCCCAUCAACCUCGGGGGGACGUCGGGGCAGGAGUGGACAGCUGGUGGGAGGGACUGGGACAGGGGAGGGGGGAGAGACAGGGAGGACCGGCACAGAGAGAGGGACCGAGGCUCCUCUCCGAGACAUCACGACCGAGAGGCGGAGUGGGGCAGCAGGGGCAGGAGGGAUGACCGGGACAGGGACCGGGCCAGAGACAGAGACAGAGAUUACCACAGAGACAAAGACAGGAGCGGAGACAGAGAGAGGGACGACAGGAGACACGACGACAGGAGCAGACACAGGGACAGGAGAUGAAUAAACACAAACCUGGGACCUUAAACAGUGUGUGUCAGAUAUUUUGAGGCACACAGUUGGCUGCCUCAGUGCAGCCAUGCCAACGGGAGGUUAGGCAGUGAGAGGGAGAGUUUAAAAAAAAAAAAAAAAAAACAGUAUUUUUUACAU